UCUCUGACGGUCCCCGCGGCUCCGGGGCCACGGCUGACGGCUCUUGGGAUGGGGCGGAGUCGCGGCCGCGCGCGGGCGUAGAGCGGUGCAGGGAAGUGCGGAUCGUUAGGUCCUUUUGGGACAGGCUGCCCCAUGGCCCAGGCGCCUCGCUCUGGUGGCCUUCUGCCUCCACUCGCCACCGUGCCGCCCUUGUGGGCGCAACCCGAGAGCACCGGGGCGGAGCACUGGGAGAGAAGGCGGUCAGGCGCCCUCCGCGGGGACUUUCGUGGCUGGCCGGGGCCACCGGUUGCCGGGAGCGUCCCCUGCCUGGACUCACAGCCCGGCGGGGCUCUGGGAGGGCAGCCGCGGUGGGCGGCGCUGGCUGAUGCGGGAGAGCACCGCGAGGCUGGCUUUGCCGACUGGAGGCGGGAGCCGGCAGCUGGCCGCCCGAUCCCUCCCGCGCUGCGGCGACUCCGGGCCGUGUUGCUGCGGCUACACCGCGAGCGGGAGCAGCUCCUCCAAGCCCGGAAUUUCGCCCGCCAUCUACAGGCGGCCGUGCGCCUCCUGAGGAUCCUGAAUUGCGGCGAGCCCUUCCCCGGCCCUGGCCCCUUUCCUCAGCUGUGCCGCGACCUACCGCCAUGCCCUUCCCGAGGAGCCGUCCUGCGAAUCUGCCUUCAGGAGGUCCCGGAUCCGUUACUCCUGGCGCGCCCCGUCGGAAUAGCAGCUCUGCGCCUGGAUGCUGCCAUCGAGAUGCAGCUUCGCGCUCUGGGACGGGAGCCCGCCAGCCCAGCCCUGUCAUCCCAACUCGCUCACCUGCUGCUGGCGCUUCCCGCCUACCACCAGCUUCAGGGAAAAGCCUUGAGCCACGUCCCAGGGGCAGCGCACCCUUUUCCCCCGGCUCGUGUGCUCCACCUCCUGGCCGGGGAGCGAGGUUGCCAGGUGGCAUAUCAGCUGGCUGAAGCUCUCACGGGAUCGGGUUUGCGGGAGACGGGACCGGGUUUGCGGGACCAGCUCCGCAGGCGGUGCCAUGAGGAGCGAGAGCUGCUUCCGGGGCUACUGGGCCUGAUGGGGGAUAUGGCGGGUUUGGCCAGCAGCGGACUGGGGCUUGGAGGGGCUGGAGCCCUGUGGAGCCAGUACUGGACUCUGCUGUGGGCAGCCUGUGCUAGGAGUAUGGACCUAAGUCUAGGGCCCUGGAGGGACCCCAGAACAGCCGCACACCGUCUGAGUCAGGCACUGGAUCAGGCAUCCUUGCCCCAGGAGUGUGAGAAGGAGCUGGCUUCUUUGUGUCACAACCUAUUUCAUCAGUCUCUUAUCUGGAGCUGGGACCAAGCCUUCUGCCAGGCCCUGGGAUCUGCUCGUGGAGGUCAGAGCAGCCUCCCCUCAUCCUCUCAUACCACUGAACUUUUGCAACAGCUCUUCCCUCCUCUCUUGGAUACCCUUCAAGAACCCAGGUCAGGGCUGCUCCUCCGUUGGCCUCCAGGUCCUACACUCCUUGCUCUGGGGCUCUGUACCCUGCAGACCACCUUGCUCUGGUUUUUGGGUAGAGCUCAGCAGCAUGUGGCAGCAUGGGCCCCAGGUUCCCUCCUGCUCCUGAUCCAGAAGGACUUACCUCCUCUAUUACAUGAGGCAGAAGCUCUGUCUACCCUGGCUUCAGAGGAAAGACUGGCCCUGGAGGUGGAGCAGCAGCUGGGCCUGGAGAUCCAGAAGCUGACUGCACAGAUGCAGCUCCUGCCUGAAGAGACACUAAGCCUCUUUUUUAAAGAAUGUCAUAAACAAGCCACACAGGGCUUUGAGCUCUACAUGCCACAGGGUCGGUACUGGCGGCUUCAUCUCUGUCCUGAACUGCCCAGCGUUCCUAGUGAGUAUGCUGGAUUGGUGGUCCGCACUGUCCUUGAGCCUGUGUUGAAAGGACUGCAAGGAUUUUCACCCCAAGCCCAAGCACCUGCCCUUGAGCAGGCACUGACUGCCAUCCUGGGUGCCUGGCUUGACCACAUCCUCACCCAUAGGAUCCGGUUCAGCCUGCAGGGGGCACUGCAGCUCAGACGAGACUUUGGAGUGAUUCAGGAGUUGCUGGAGGAGGAGCAGUGGGACCUUUCUCUGGAACUUCGCCAGACUCUGCUCUUGCUCAGCAUCUUCCAGCAGCUGGAUGGGGCCCUGCUGUGUCUAUUGCAGCAGCCCAUGCCCAAGGCUCGAGUCCAGAGGAGGUCUCCCUGUUGCUGUGUGUAUAAUGAGAUCCAGACCACGGAAUUGCCCAGCAGCAGCCUCAACAGCCUGGAGAGCUUAGAGCCCCCUCUUCGGCCUGGAGCACCCCCAGCCCAGACAGCUCAGCUGCUAAGCACACUGUGGGGAGGGAGACCUACCCCUGAGGCUUACCUGGUGGGAAAUCAGCAGGCCUGGCUUGCCCUGAGGCAGCACCAGCGACCCCGCUGGCACUUGCCUUUUCUUUCCUGCCUGGGGAUCAGUCCUGAAUCCUAAGGAGCCUGGGAUCAAGAACAAGAAACUCAAGAGCUUCCCAUUUCUGGCUGGAAAAGCCCAGCCAUUUAGAACUGCAUAUUAAAGAAGUCUACAAUUGGGAGCUUGGAAGAAAGCAUACCUGAGAACCACAUGCUACAGUCUGGACUUACAAACUAAGAAUCUAAUAUCACUCCAGUGCCUGGAAUCCAGAGUAAACGGCAAAACCACACACACCCUGGAACCUGGAGGUCAGCAACCUUGCGAGACUCAGGCCUAGUUCCCCACCAGUGAAGACAUCUCAGGGCUAGACGCUGGAAGGAGGGCUAAGGGUGGGACCCCAGAGGAAAAGGAAAGAGAAAAAGCAAUAGAAAACAGAGAGCCUAAAUGCCGAUUUCUCUUAAAUCCUAGGAGCCAGGCUAAACAUAAAAAGUCAAUUCAUCAGGAACCACGGAGAUGGAUUAGGCAUUUCUACACCCGAUCAGUCCGAAGAGUUGUAUCACUUUGUACUCCCCUCCCCAUUUUAUGUUCAGUCAUUUAAGAAUAUUGGACUAUAGGACCUAGA